ACCGCAAGACCCCGCGAGUGAGGCGGAAGUGCUGGGCGAGGAUGGGGCCAAGAUGGCGCCUGGCUCUGGGGGCGCUUUUGGGGUUCGUGCUUGCCCCUUUGCGGUCAGCCGAGGUGGUGCCGGAGAGCGACGGAAAAGGCCCAGCUAGUUUGCCGGGCACCACCCCGUGCUGGCGGAUGGAGGAUUUCGUGGUGACGACGCAGUGUGCUCCCUGCACGACUUUCCAGAUCAAAACCAUGUUGGAAUGCGGCGUCACCGGCUUUGUCGAGCAGAUCAACUGCGGGGCAUCCAAGAAGGGGGAGUUCAAGAGUUGCCGCUCCGUGGAGAUGGAGACGCGGAUCUUCUGGAAGUUUGAGGGCGCCAUGCUUGGCGCGGCCGCCGUCUUUGCCCUGCUGGUGGUAUGUCGGCAACGGGUCCUUGACGGGAAGGCUUUGGAGAAAGUGCGCAAGCAGAUCGAAUCCAUUUAGUCGCCGGGAGGUGGUUUCAUUCUGGCAAGCGGAAGCGGAGAGGGACGGAUCCAGAAUUGCCGUGUGGGAGAAUGGACCAACCUCAUGCCCUCGGUCAAGACCACCCUCCCCUGCUUUCCAUCGCCAGGGGGAGAGGGUGCUGCGUGGACUGGGGGUGCUUCACUCUUCAGGGUGGUGGCAAAAUGUGGGCACCUCUCCUGCUUUGGGGAGACGCGUGGCAUUUGCCCCCCUCCCAGAUCCUUUGCUUGGACUUCAUCUCUGGGCCUGAUCCGGCUUUUUAAUCGUGCAAUCCUGACUCCCUUUUUUCCCCCCUGGAACUUUGACCUGUUGCUGUUAUUUAAGCCCUGUCGCUAGAAGUUUGUGUGUGAACUGAACAGGCCUCCUUCCUCACUUCUCUGUACCAGCCCUGGCGGUGAAUCGGUUUUCUCCCACUUGUGAUUAAAAGACUUUCCCGUUGAGCGUCUC